CGCGACGCAUAAUGUCAAAAAAGUGGGAUGGGUGGGGAUGAAAAUAAUAACAAACGCGAACAAAAGAAAUUUCACUCACUGCCCUUCGUCGUCUUCUUCGUUUGAUUCGUCGUCGUGCGUGGUGUGUACACGACUUCUUCUUUGUCAAUAUUGGCUGCAGUUUACGCGAGCAUUACGGGGGGACAGAUCCGCGAAGAAUGCAACAAAUGUUCCCGUGGGGUUUGUGUGUGCUGUGAUGUAUGUUUUCUGUUGUGUGGCUUUUAAUCUGUAAUCAAGCAUAUUGUGUGUGUGAAUUUUGCUACCGUUGCUAACCGUGACACGGCGUAGUAGUGGACGUCGUAUUGCGUGUACCAGCAGCUUGGGAACGGUCUGUGCAACUACUGCAGGGCAGUGCAAGCAGUGACGACGUUGGGUCAUCACAAAACAGUAGAUCCAAGGAUCCAAGGCUCGUACCGUCGUCCUCUGUUCCAUAAUUAAACUCCACCCAGUAGUAGCGCUUCCCCAGUGUAUGUGUGUCAGUGUAUUGUGGGGAUAGAAGUGGGCCAAUGUUAUCACCCAACCUGCUGGGAACGAAUAAGCGAUAACAACAUUAAAAAACACACACACAAACAAAAAUGCUGGACGCAUAUGUUGGGUAUGAUCUGAGUGGUGCCAUCGAACCGGAUGACAUUCCCAAGACGAACGAUACCGUGUGGAUAUUGGGAAAGCAAUACAAUGCUACCGAUGAUCUCGAAACCAUACGACAGGAUGUGCAAUCUCGCUUGUGGUGUACCUAUCGGAAAGGAUUCGUUCCGAUCGGAAAUACCCAACUGACCACGGAUAAAGGCUGGGGCUGUAUGUUGCGCUGCGGGCAGAUGGUGCUGGCCCAGGCACUGAUACAGCUGCACCUUGGUCGGGAUUGGGUGUGGGAAGCGGAAACAAGGGAUGAAAUUUAUCUGAACAUCGUAAACCGAUUCGAGGACAGCAAACAGGCACCGUUUUCGCUGCACCAGAUCGCCCUGAUGGGUGACUCAUCGGAGGAGAAGCGAAUUGGCGAAUGGUUCGGGCCGAAUACAGUUGCACAGGUUUUGAAAAAACUAGUAAAGUUUGAUGAUUGGUGCAGGCUAGUCAUUCACGUAGCUCUGGACAAUACGGUAGCAACAGAUGAAAUAGUGGAAUUAUGUGCAGAUAAAAAAGAUCCCGACGCAUGGAAACCGCUGCUGCUCGUUGUCCCGCUACGGUUGGGGCUUAGCGAAGUGAAUCCGAUCUAUAUCGAGGGACUGAAGAAGUGUUUCCAGCUGCCGGGCAGUUGCGGCAUGAUCGGUGGCCGGCCCAAUCAAGCCCUCUACUUUAUCGGGUACGUCGGCGAGGAAGCACUCUAUCUAGAUCCGCACACGGUCCAACGGGUAGGAACGGUCGGACACAAGCAGGAACCGGCCGAGCAGGAGCUGGACGAAACGUUUCACCAACGCUACGCUAGUCGGAUCAGUUUCACCUCGAUGGAUCCAUCGCUAGCCGUUUGCUUUCUGUGCGUUAGUAGGCAGCAGUUUGAUGUGCUUGUGACACGGUUUAACGAUAGUUUGAACGGUGGCACUAGCCAGGCACUGUUCGAGGUGGCAAAAACGCGCCAAGCACCAUGGACACCGACGACGGCAUCGUCUGGCUCGUCGCGCAAAAACAGUGGACCAACCGAGGCCUUCAAUGUGAUAUCGGCGACGGAAAUACCGAACGAAGAAUUCGAAGAGGUGGAACCACGCACGCUGGACGAUUCGGAUGAAGAGUUCGAGAUUAUAGCCUAGCAGCAGCAGCAGCAACAAUCGGACAGCAUACACAGCACGAUCGAGAUUGAGAUAAUCGAACCUUUGAUACACAUUAAUGCUAGCUUUCUCACUUGAACGAACUAUGUGGCUGCCAACAUACCGAUGAAAAGAAGAACAGUACGCCUGUUACUAAUGGAUACCAUCAGAAAAGCGCUUUUAUGCUUGCUUUGACCGUGUUUUCUCACACUGCUACGCUCCUGUCGUCGAGCCUUGCACGAUAUCUUUUUUAUGCAAAUGAGCCCGCGAGAAAAAGGAUUAUUAUAAUGGAAGUUAAAUUAAAAUUUGGAAUUUCACCUGAAGCGAAGGGAACAGAUUCCCUCGAUUGGCUAUGUAUUUCACUCGCGCGGAGGAUGAUUUUAGUGUUAUUAAGAAGCAACUUGAAGACGUUAUAAAAAGAAAAACAUGUUGAAGAACUGAGCAGGUAUAUGGAACCGUUAAGGAAGGGAUAAAAGCAAACCCAAAUUCAAUAAAAAUGCGUAACACACGAACCUUUAA